AACGACACUGAAGAUUCUGGCCCAACAAAUCACAAGGAAAAAAUAUGAGCUCUUAUUAUGUGGAUGGUCUUUUUAGCAAAUAUACGGCGACCGGUUCUUUCUUCCCAAACGCCGACCGGGGUUCGUGCGCUCUUCGAGCCAGUGGAGAAGGACCCGAAUCUGUUCACAGUGGCGCAGCCCCUGCCUUCCCAACGUCCUUGUCCGGACUUUACAACGUCAACAAUGCUAUUUACCAGAGCCCCCCGAUGUUUACUCCUGCUUAUGACCAGGGGCCGGACGUGCACAGUCUGCACUGCAGCUCUUUCGACCAGAGCCGUCUGUUCGGGGACAGCUGCAUCCAGCCGGUGCCGGGUCCACUCACCUCGCCAGAGGACAAACACUACCGGAUGUACCCCUGGAUGAGAACAUCAGAUCCAAACAGAAAGCGUGGACGUCAGACGUACUCCCGGUACCAGACACUGGAGCUGGAGAAAGAAUUCCACUUUAACCGGUACCUGAACCGCCGGAGGCGCGUGGAGAUAGCACACGCGCUCUGCCUGACUGAGCGCCAGAUCAAAAUCUGGUUCCAGAACCGGAGGAUGAAGUGGAAGAAAGAUCACAAGGAUGAGUCUUCGAGCUCAAACCUCAGUGCCAACUCAGAGAACGUAAACAAGGAUGGUGAUGGUAAUCCGGUAACCAACGGACAGUCCAAGGCCCAGGAGGCAGAGCAAGGAGACUCCCCGUCUGCGGGUGUGGCGUCAGAAACCCCUGCAAGAGAAGGAGAUGGCGACGUAGAGGCUAUUAAUGAAAGAAACACUCCAUAAAUGUUUGUAUUUGUCAAAUGUUAAAGAUGUAUACUCUCAUAGAAUCGACACACUCUGUUCAUCAUGUUUGUUU